AUGGUUGCAACGGAGCGAGUCAUCACGAAAGUCGAGAUUCCGAACUACAGGAAGAUUGCGUCUGGCAAAGUGCGGGAGAUCUUCGAAGUGGACGCGGGGACGUUGUUGUUUAUCGCUACGGAUCGGAUUUCGGCUUAUGAUGUUGUGAUGGAGAAUGUGAGUUCCUCCGGAAAGAAAGAAAGGAAGAAAACAAAGAAAGCCAAAUCAAGAAUUGAAAGAUAACUAAUAUGUUCAUAGGGCGUCCCCGGUAAGGGUUCCCUCUUGACACAGAUGUCCUGCUUCUGGUUCCGCCUCAUCGCGGAGGAAUUCCCGAAUCUGAAAACCCACAUCUUCGCCAUGCACCUUCCCUCGGGACUUGCUCCGGCCGUGCAGGCUCCGUUGAAGGAGCGCAGUAUGCAGGUCAAGCGGACCCCGGUCAUUCCCCUCGAGAGUAUCGUGCGGGGCUACAUCACCGGGUCUGCUUGGAGCGAGUACAAGGCCAAGGGGACGGUGCAUGGGAUGCCGAUGCCCGAAGGUCUGCGGGAGAGUCAGAAGCUGGAGCAGGCGAUCUGGACUCCGAGUACCAAGGCCGAGCAGGGCGAACACGAUGAGAAUAUUUCCAAGGCGCAGGCGGUGGAGAUUGUGGGCGAGGAGGUGGCGGGGAAGAUUGAGAAGAUCAGUCUGGAGUUGUAUGAGAUGGUGAGUCUCCCUCUCGCGACUACGUGAGUUUAGGGAAGGAGGAGAAUGGGUAUGCUGACUUGGUCAUUCAUUCAUUCUAGGCCCGCGAUUUCGCCGACGCACGCGGUAUCAUCAUCGCCGACACCAAGUUCGAAUUCGGCCUCGAUCCCAAGACCAAGGACAUCGUUCUCAUCGACGAAGUCCUCACGCCGGAUUCUUCGCGUUUCUGGCCCAAGGACCAGUAUGAGGUCGGUCGGUCGCAGAGCAGUUACGACAAGCAGUACCUCCGUGACUGGCUCACCUCGUCGGGGCUCAAGGGCAAGCCGGGAGUUUCGAUGCCGGAGGAAGUGGUCAAGGAGACUGCGAGCAAGUAUCAAGAGGCGUAUGAGAAGUUGACGGGCAAGAAGUGGGCCUGA